GCAUUUCACUCUGGAGAGGGGUGAGACAACAUUUCUGGAGGAAUGCUGGGAGUGUGUGCAGUUGUGAAUCCAUAAUAUAUUACUCUCGUUGCAGCUAAAGAUGGGUGAUUUGACUUGACUGUUAAUCUUAGAAGACCUGGAAUGGUACGCUGUCAAUCAUCUUAAGGUAAAUUCACCUUUCUUGUAAGUUUCUCAGUGUUCGGAGAAGGAAUUUACUUUGCUCCUGGUAGUGAACUGCAUUUUAAGACUGGCUAAUUUUGGCCUGCCUCUAGGUUUUAGUGAAUUUUGAAAGGCUGCCUUCCUGACAUUAACUUCCUCAAAUAUGCUAAAUAGGUGGGUGGGACCAAAGGUAGAAGUGGAUGGGGCCAAAGUGGGUGGGCCAAGAGAAGUAAAAGGAAACAAACUUAGAAAGAAAAUACCCUCCAGAUAAUAAAUUAAAACAAAUAAAGAAAAAUUCCAGCACUCCUCUGCGCUGCUGCUCCUGCAUCCUUUACAUGUGCACACACAUUCAAGACUCAGGUUCCUAAAGACAACUGAAAGAUUUCAACCCCCAUGAAAAGAAAACCAAUAUUUGUGGGGGUUCCUAAAACCGUUGCAGUUUAUAGGCCUAGAUUUCCACUUAAAGCAGCAGGAAGGGGGUUUCCUUGCAUUGGAAAGGCAGAUCUGCUGGGAAGCACACCAAAGACAUGGGACAUCCUAUGCCCUCCUGACAUUCAUCUCAGAGAAACAGAAAUAUGCUUUUCUCUGGUGGUGGCUGCACACUGGAGCAAAACCAAUAUUAAUAUUCUUCAUACCUGGAGACAGAGCUGCUGCUGUGGGGGCAGGUGCAAUAUGGAUUUACCUUUAAGCUGGCACUGCUGGAGUAGAGCCCAACUAAGGAGGGAGGAGAAAAUUGUGGUGGCAGCAGGUCACCCAACAACGCUGUUCUUCCCUGCUGCUCCCAGCAAAACCCUCAUGGAUUGUGGCUGCCAUGUCAGGUGCAGCAGCUUCUGCAGACCUCCCUGGAAUUCCCUUAGGACAGUCCUUGGGGAAGGAAUGCGCUGCCCCCUUACUUCCCAGCAUUCACGGUUCUGCUCUCCACCAACAUUUUACUUCCUUGAGCAGAUUCACAAUGCAGCAGGAGAAGAAAACGACGAGGACGACGGGGACCUGUUCCAGAAGAACUCCUACUACCCAGAACGGCUGGCCUUCUUCUUCCAUGCCUGAUGCCAUGUGACUGAUGGAUGGGCAUGACUGGUCUGUACUGACUGCACAGACCAAAUUAGGCAUAUAGGCCAGAGUUUCCCCACUGCUGCUUAAAACACUAUACUAGCCCUCUUAUUCCUAACAUUACAUACCCUCCAACAUUUCUCCUUUGCAAAUAAAGACGUCCUAAUCCAUAAUGAUAAUUUUACUAAUUAUACCCCAUCCAUCUGACUAGGUUGCCACAGUCACUCUGGGCACCUUCCAACAUAUAUAAAAACAUAAUAAUAAUAAUAAAAACAUUGAAAACCUUUCCUAUACAGGGCUGCCUUCAGGCAGCUCAGGGGUCAGAUAACUCCAUGCCCUCCAAUAUUUCUUUGAUGAAAAUAGGGACGUCCUAAGGAAAAGCGGGACAUUGCAGGAUCAAAUCAGAGACCGGGACGGCUUCUCUACAUCAGGGACAUCCCUGAAAAAUAGGAACACUUUGGGGGGGGGUGAUAUUAUGCCAUGCCACUGUGCUUUUAGGCUUUUUUCUUUUUGUCUCUAGAAAUAUGCCACGACCUCGAGCCCAUGCCUUCUUCUCCAUGUCUUUGUCGCUGCACUGCUGCCCAACGGCUUUUCACUCUCCCCAUCUCUUUUAAGAUAUAUUUCUCUUUCCUAGCACGCACUAUAACCCAUUAUCGUUUCUCUGCUCCAAAUGAAUUAUAAAGCCAAGGAUACUUCAGGUUUAGGAUAAAUGAUGAGAAAGUGGUUUUCUGCUAGAUGCUACAGAAUCCCUCAUAAAAAAGAGAGCCAGCAACUAUCACAGCAGCGCUAUAAAUAAUGGCUGCAAACCAAUGUCGGUUAUAGAAAGCAAAGAACCGCAGGCCUCUGAUACUCAGUAGCAGAACUGCUAUCAACAUUAAGGCAGCAGGAUUUUGUUUGGUAUGGUUUAAACACCCUAAAAUUGGGGUCUUGCAAAAUUGGAAGAGUUAGAUAUAAUUUUAUCUCAUCCAUGACUGCCCAUGAUUCUUCAUGUUCAAUUCAAACCCUUUGAAGUUUGGAAUACUUUAGUAUCCCUAGAUCAGAAGUUUUCAACCUUUUCAAGUCCAUGGCUCCCUUGACCAACCAUAUUCUUUCUGUGGCUCCCCUGUGGGAGAACUGGGGUUCUGUUACGCAUAAGGAGGGAUUUCCCCCAUUCGACCCUGCCCCUUUUGGGGGCUGUUUUUGGCGUGCGUGUAAGUGGGAGUGCAUGUGUUGAUGGGAACCCAAGCGAUGCCACUGCUCUGCAGGGCUGAGCUGGCACACUCCACAUGGCACCCCCAGCCUGCCUUUCCCAAAAUUAGGGUGCACAUGGGGGGGGGAUGCUGGAGAGGGCAAAACAAUAAUUAAGUUCAGAAGCAGGAAUAUUUUGUUACUGCACCGAAGAAAAGUGUGAAACACACAGCACAGGACACACAUGCAGACAUAGUCCUUUCCUGCAACAUGCUCCCUGUUCCCAUAAAGCUGGUUGACUGUCAAGAGGGAGGGGGUUGCCUGGGGGGGAGAAGAAGAGAAGAACAGGGAAGAGGGAUGUUGGGGGUAGAAGUAGAGAGGAACACAGAAGACACUCCUCACUUUCUGAGUUAUUUUUAAAACCCUCCUUAUGAAACACACACAUCCAGGCAAACACACCAUCAAGCUACUUUGCUGUUUUCUUGCACUUCCCAAGCCCUCUGUGUAAAACUAAGGAACCGUUGGUUACUGAAGCUGGGGAGGAUUUUAGUUUGUGCUGGGGGGAAGCUUUUAAGAAGAGGCACAUUGGGGGGGGGACAGAAAAAGAGGCAGGAAGAUAAUAGGCUGCAAGUUCAUGAAAGGACAGCCAUCUGGGGCUCCCCUGAAUGUUCCUCAAGUCACCUCAGGGUCAAAUUGUGCCUAAAAAAAUCUCAACACCUUUAGUUCCUCUAAAAAACAACCCCUCAACAACUGUGUCCUGAUUUUCACUUUUGGAGAGAUGGCAACCCUAAUUUUAGUAUACAACAUUUUCAGUCACACUCCCAGGGUGGUUAACAAAAAAGAAAACAAUGAACUGUUAUUAUCCCAUGUUUUUGCCGCACCCAAAGACCUGUUUGCUAAUCAGAUUGAUUAGUCAGUCGUCUUAGUAUCUGGGAUGAGGGAUCUGUAUCCCUCCAGAUAUUGUUGAAUUUCCAUUAUCCCUUGCCAUUGGCCAUGCUGGCUAGGGAUGAUGGGAGUUGUAGUCCAACAGCAUCUGGAGGGCCACAAAUCCCUGCUUUGUAACAAUGUAUUUCUUUAGAAAGAAAGGGCAUAAGAGACUUGAUUCACAAAUGUACAGACUAGCCUCCAAGUAAAAUUGAUUCAGACUCCCACACCUAUCUCUAUUUAGCAGAGGAAAAUCCAUGGCAGAAAUUCAUAUUAGUAUUAUGAAGAACCUGUGAGUCUUUGAUUCAAACAAAACAAAUAUCCACUCACAACACCAGCAAAAACUUUUAUGUAAUUCUUCUGCCAUAUCUAUUGGUAUACUUCAUUCUAAGCACUAGUGUUGAGCUGUGAAUUUAUAAUCCAUAAUUUCAAGAUGAUAAAAAGGUACUUAACAUUGGUUGUUGAAUGGAUGCAUUCAUUUACUCAUAACAGGGUAUUAUAGCAUUGCUACAAGUUAAUACAGCAAUAUAACAAACUAAUUCUUCCUAAAUGAAACCAUAGUAAAAACAUGAAUAAACCUGGUAUCACAGAUUCAUUGGAUUAUAAUGUGAUGUGCAACAGUGCACACUGAGACAUGGGAAAGUGCAAAUAAAAUUUAACAGCCACCUGCUUGAUGUACACAAAUGGCUAAAUCAGAGGCUAUCUGAGCAAACCAUAAAAUAUACAAGAAGUACUUAUCAAAGAACAGCUAGCUUCUUUUUUUUUUUUUUUUGGAAGUGUGCACAGGUCAACAUGUUCAUGAGAGUUAGAAACCAAAGUCAGAACUGAAAUAUGGGAAGUAGUUGCAACUUUCACUGAAAGCAAAUGGAACAAAAGAAGGUAUCUGAUGAAUAUUAUUCAGUUUUCUGACAUUUUCUCCUCCUUUGUCCAUUUUGUUUGAAUAAAACAUACAAACUUUUUAAUUUUAUUCUCUCUCAAUUAAUUGACACACUGUUAGCACAAGUAUUCUGACCCACUGGUUAUAUUACAAGAGGCAAUAAUCACAAAGACUUAGAAUAAUUUCUGUUAUGUUUGAGGCACAGAUGGCUUCUUAGGUAUUACAACCAUGUCCUGAUGUCUAUGAAAAAUUAAUGUCAGAACUAGGAUAUGUGACUUGGUUCUUAGAAAGAGGCAAGUCUUCCAGAGUCAUUUUGGGAGAAUUGCCGGAUGCAGUUCUACACUCCUAUUUCUGCAUAGUUCUCUAAUUUUAUGUUUUCAAGGCUGGAAACUGUAAAAUCAAGGCAGUCCCAAAGGCCAGAGAAUGCCUCUUUUGCUGUCACUGGAAACUAAGGAUAGGUUUACACUGUUACAUCAGUGCAGGUGUAGAUGACCAGAAAGCCUAAUGUGAACCAGGCCGUACGUAAAGGGAGUAAGCAGCCAUCAGGGUUGAUGAAGCAUUUCCUAUAAUUUUGAAGGAAAAUGUAGCCAAUCUGCUUUAAAUUAUUUAAUUGCAAUGGUUCAACAGCCAGCAGUGGAGUGUUAAUUGUACAUUGAGCCUUUGACUACAACAUGUCUACUCAGAAGUAAGACCCACUGAAUUCAAUGGAACUUCCUCCCAGGUAACUGUGUACAGACUGUGCAGUCUUAUACUACAAUCCUAAGCAUUUUUACUCAGAAGUAAGUCCUUCUGAGUCCAGUAGGACUCACUGUUACGUGCUUGAUCAUUCUCACUUUCCAUUAUUAUUAUAUUUAUAUCUUGGUGCUGAGGAGAGCGUUUCCUGUGAGAAGUGCUCUGGGGACAAGUGGGAACUGCCUUUCCUUAGCAAUACUGUAUGUGAAGGGGAAAACACACAGCCAUGCAUGGAUGGAACUGCCUGAUCCUAUGUCAGGCCACUUGGUCUCUCUAGCUCAAAAACUUGUGCUCUGAAAAAAAAAGUCAUUUCAGAGGCUCAGAGGAACUUUGCAAGUUGGGGUGUUCUUUACUGCUUUUCUUUGGGGGGGGGGAUGGUUGGCUUGGUGCAUAUUACCAUACCUGCCUUCUGAACAUAAGAGGAAUGGGUCUGAAGG